AUGGAAUCUGUAAAUAGGACCCUUUUCAAUCUAGCAAUGGCUAUAUAGUUCAUUUUUAUAUUUUGCCUUUUCUCUUCAGCCAAUCGUUAUGUUUCUAUCAAUAAGAUAGAAAAUAUGUGUUAUUUCCUAGACUGCUAACUUUCAAACUAGCUUGCAGUAAAGGCAGGUGAAGGAUUAGGCAUUAAAGAUUCAAAACAGCAUCCAAAGAUUGCAUUUUUGUUCCUGGUGGUUGAUAAAGUUAAUAACCCUUAAGUCUGGGACACAUUCUUUCAAAAUGCUGAUGCAAGAAAGUAUUCUGUAUAUUUCCAUUCAAAGAAUAAGGAUGUAGACUCGUUAAACUUUAGAAGUGUCAAUCAGCACAUACAUAUUGAAACCAUUCCAACGGAAUGGGGAGGGAUCGGCUUGUGGCUUGCUAUGAGUUCAUUACUGAACAACUCAUUCGUUGAUCAGGGCAACUAGAGAUUUGUGUUUCUCAGCCAAGCUUGCAUCCCACUAUAUUCAUUCAAUGAACUUUAUGAAAUGCUUUUAAGACAGGGGAAUUCCAUGAUAGAAAUUCCUUAAAGUGGUGAUGGAAUCUUUCCACGUUACAAUUAUCUGAGGAGGUAUGCAAGGGAAGACUAGAUUCUUAAGCACUGUUAAUGGCUUAUUUUAAACAGGAUUCACACAGGCAUGCUAGUUUAGGAGCAUGAAAGGGCUAAAAGGUUUUUACUAGAGGAGAUAGAAUAUGGAACCCCCAACGUUUAUUUCUAAGAUGAAGCAGUCAUUGGCACUAUGCUGUAUAAGCUUGGCUAGCGAAAUAUGAUAACCCAUCAAUGUGUUACUUAUACAAAAUGGGAUCCACCAACAUCAGCCUCACCCAUACAAUAUCAGAGAGUUGAUAAGACUUUAGUUCAAACUGCCAGGGUAGGUGGCUGCUUAUUCUUAAGAAAAGUAGGGCCUGAUGCUGAGAUCAUAGAUGAUUAUCUAUAGCUUAUACGUAAUCGAAAAUCAAUUACCAAUAGCUGA